AUGGAGUACUUUUUAUCCACAACAUAUGCUGGAGAGUCUCUGCUCUCCAACUUUAACUGGUUCGAUGGGGUAGAUCCCUCGCACGGAUUUGUUUCUUAUCAGAAUAGACAAAAUGCUCACGCAAUGGGCUUAUACCAGAUCGAUGAUAGAACAGGAGUUGUUAGACUAGGAGUUGACAGCACGAAUAGCUACUCCAUCUCGGAUAGGGGUCGGCCGAGUAUUCGACUUGAGAGCAAAGACACAUUUGAUCAGGGCCUUUUCAUUGCCGACUUCUUACACAUGCCUCCUUCACAUUGUGGAUUGUGGCCAGCAUUCUGGACGUAUGGUGACAACUGGCCGUACGACGGCGAGAUUGACAUCAUUGAAGGAGUCAACACAGCCCACACCAACAUCAUAUCAGCUCACACGGCAGACGGAUGUAGUCAGGGCAAUGACAUACUCGGACUGUUCAGUGGCGAGCAAAUCAACACAGAAUGUGCCGUUGGUACGGAUAACAUUGGCUGCGGCUUUCAUCCCUCACCCGACGACACUUCAUCAUAUGGUGACGGUUUCAAUGCCGCUCAUGGAGGUGUUUAUGCCAUGCAAUGGGAUAAUGUCCAUAUUCGCAUUUGGCACUUCCCUCGCGGAUCGAUCCCGAGAGACAUCGAGGCCAAGAAGCCCGAUCCUGACACAUGGGGACAGCCGAUUGCUAUUUUUGGUGGAUCGCAAUGCAAGGUUGACAACUACUUUAAGCACAUGAGAUUGGUUCUCAACAUUAACUUUUGCGGCGAUUACGGUGAUGCUGUCUGGGGCAAAACGGAUCAAUGCGAUGAAUUUGCCCCGACGUGCGAUGAAUACGUGGCAAAUAACCCGGAGGCAUUUACCAAUGCAUACUGGGACGUGCAAUAUAUCGAUGCCUAUGAGUACCGUCCGCGUGUCCACGACCCGUGGCCAAGCUGGAACUCAACCCAGCCAAAGCCAAGCUGGAAUUUGACUCUUCCUCGUCCUCGUCCAGGUCCCUACAGUGAUGAGCGUACAACAACUUUAUACAAGCACACUCGCUGGACCGAGACUGUGACGGUAUUCGCUACUGGGCAUGUUCCUCACCGUCCCUGGGAUGGUCAAGUUCCUGCUGCAACGACUGAUGCAAUUGAACCGGUGGCAACCAGGGCACCUGUCAAUCCCAUCAAGAUCAAUCACUAUUCGUACCUCGGCUGCUUCUACUCCAACAGCGGCUUUGAAACAUUCCACGAAGUCGCUGACAACUGGGACAUGACUCUCGAGCGAUGCGUCGAUCUAUGCAACAAGAAGACUUAUGUGGGCAUCUUCGACUCCCACUGUUUCUGCGCAGAUACUCUCGAUGCUGAAACAUUGGCCACCAGAAAAGAGGGCCUAUGCAACAAACAGUGUCCAGGAAACAAUUUUGAGUUCUGUGGUGGUAUAGUCACGCCCAGGGACAUCGAUGCGCCACGCAAGAAGUUUGUCUCAGAGACUUUGCCGCUGCAUGCGCUUACUGUGUACGGCUUUGUUGAAGACGAGAAGCUGGAACAACCGCCGGCGAUGGCACCGGGGUCGAAUUGGACGGAGAAGGGGUGGUCUAAGACGAUUACUGAGGUGGCUGAAGUGACUGUAUUCCCGGUUUCUGAGCAGGAUUCUCGUGAACAGGGUUGGCAGUGGGGUGACAAGCAUGAAGGUGGCCAUGAGUGGAGUGGUCAGGAUGGUGAGAAGAAUGAUUGGCAGAAAGAUGAAGGUGAGAAAUACGAUGGCGAGAAGCAUGACGGAGACAAAUAUGAAGAUGGUAAUCACGAAGAUUGUGAUUGUGACGACGAGGGCAAAGACGGACACGAUUGGAACAACCAUGAAGGUCACAAUAAGGGUGACUGGAAAGAAUCCGCUUCUUGGGACCCCUCAGCAGCAGAGGAAAAGGGCUGGCCUUCGAAACCUGAGAUCUCAGAGAUUGUGAUCCCGGUGACGGAGACGGUCGUUGACUGCCCCGAGACAAAGCAAGCUGUUGUGACACCGACAUGGGCACCGCAUGUUGAUCCGAAGCCUUGGGUUCCUUCUGACCCUCCUCACCCUCCUCCUGGGCCAUUACCAUCACACGACGACCAUUGGCAAGAUCCUCCUCAUGAUCCUCCUUCACGCAAUAACGAUCAUGACAAAUCUCACCCGCCGCCUUCAACGUACCCAGAUACUCCUGUGAGCCCGCCAGUGGUGCUUGUUGCAGGAGCAUCAACAAUGUAUGCGGGAUUAGAGAAGUAUCUAGCAAUCUUGGGUUUGAGCAUAGUGGUUCUUAUCAUGAGAAUCAUUUAA